AUGGAGCGCGCCGUGGGCGUCGCGCGACGUGGAAGCGCGCGUGAGACGUUCGGGACGACGCGAGCGAUCGGGCGGCGCGGUUCGGGGCGAGGCGUCGCCGCGUGCGCGCGCGCGACGCCGAACGCGGCGCCGGCGAACGAUUUGAUGAUUCGCGCCGCGAGGGGGGAGCGCGUCGAGCGCACGCCCGUGUGGUUGUUCCGCCAGGCUGGGAGACAUUUGCCGGAGUACAACGAGCACAAGCGGGCGCGGUCGAAAAAUUUCUUAGAGUUGCUCGCGGAUCCGAAGGACGUCGCGGAGUGCACGAUGCAACCGAUCAGGCGGUAUAACUUGGACGCCGCGAUCUUGUUCAGCGAUAUAUUGGUGAUCGCGGAGGCGCUGAACGUCGAGGUGGAGAUGCCGGGCGGGAAGGGGAUUUUGGUGCCGAACCCGCUCAAAGGUCCGGAGGAUAUGGGACGGGUGCCGAAAUCGAUCGAUGUCAACGAUAAGCUCUCGCACGUGUUGGCGAGUGUGCGUGAGAUCAACGCGCAGAUCGAAAAGGAAGGUCUCGGGGUGCCGCUCAUUGGGUUCAGCGCGGCGCCGUGGACGCUCAUGUAUUACAUGGUCGGCGGGUCGUCUCGUAAGAACACCGACUCGGGGAUGCGAUGGCUUAAAGAGCAUCCGAAGGAGGCGCAAGAGUUGUUGGAUAUUUUAACCACGGUCGUGAUCGAUUACCUGUGUGCGCAGAUUGAGAAUGGGGUGCACAUGGUUCAAGUGUUCGAGGCGAUGUGCGAACACAUCACCGAGGAGAGCUUUUACGAGUACGCGAUGCCAUGCAUGGCGAAAAUCGCCGCCGAAGUGAGGCGUCGUCACCCGGAUAUUCCGAUUCUUGGGUUCGCUCGCGAUGCCCCGUACGGGCUCGCCGCGCUUCAACAGGCUGGGUACGACAUCAUCACCAUCGACACCGCGAUGGACCGGACCGUCGCGCGAGACGUGCUGAGACACGACGCCGAGGCGCGAGGCGUCGAAAUGUCCGGCGUUCAGGGCAACUUUGACCCGUCCUUACUCAAUAAAGAAGGCGGGUCCUCGUUCGAGGGCAUUGAGGCCGAGGUGACGAAGAUGCUCACCGAAUUCGGUCCGCAAAAACUCAUCGCUAACCUCGGCGCCGGCUUGAGCGGCAAGGAAGACGUCGAAAAGGUUGCCUACCUCGUCGACAGCAUCCACCGCGUCUCCGAGACCAUGAUCGCCGCCGAGUAA